AUGACAGGCAAGGACUGUCCGCCCGAAUCCUUAAUGCUCGCUGCAGACGCUCAUGUCAAAUAUGUCCAAAGCCUCGACACGAGGAAAGACGAGCUGGACUAUUGGCUGACGGAACAUUUGCGUCUCAACGGGGUGUAUUGGGGUCUCACGGCCCUUCACCUUCUGCAAAAGCCUGACGCUCUUCCUCGCAGCGAGACGAUCGACUUUGUGCUUUCUUGCCAGCAUGAGAACGGCGGAUUUGGAGCCGCCCCAGGUCACGAUGCCCACAUGCUCUCCACAGUAAGUGCUGUGCAGAUUCUGGCCAUGGUGGAUGCCUUCGACGAGCUCGAGGCCCGGGGAGCCGGCAAGGCCAAGGUCGGUAAAUAUAUCGCAGAUCUGCAGGAUCGCGAGACAGGGAGCUUUUACGGCGACGAGUGGGGGGAGGAGGACACGCGCUUCCUCUACGGAGCAUUCAACGCGUUGUCUUUGCUCGGUCUCCUGUCGCUGGUCGAUGUCGAAAAAGCUGUCAAUCACAUUGCAACAUGCGCGAACUUUGACGGAGGAUAUGGCGUGAGACCUGGCGCUGAGUCGCAUUCGGGUCAAAUAUUCACCUGCGUAGCUGCAUUAAGCAUCGCUGGUCGGCUCGACCUUGUUGAGGAAGAGAAGCUUGGCCGGUGGUUGAGCGAAAGACAGACUCCUGGCGGUGGCCUCAACGGUCGACCAGAGAAGAAGGAAGACGUCUGCUACAGCUGGUGGGUUUUGAGUAGCCUCGCAAUCAUCCGACGGACACAUUGGAUCGACCGGGAAGCUCUCAUUAGCUUCAUUCUUCGAAGUCAGGACAGCGAAAGGGGAGGUAUAUCCGACAGACCCGGCGACAUGGUCGACGUCUGGCACACUUGCUUUGGCCUCGCCGGCCUGAGCCUUCUCGGAUAUCCGGGGAUGGAGGCUGUGGAUCCAGUCUAUUGCAUGCCGGAAAAGACUGUCGAGAGGCUAAUCAGCCGUUGA